AUGAGUGUUGGAAUUGGAGCUGUAUUGUUGUUGUCUCUAUUUCUUCUGGUGGCGACAUUCCUUGUAGGAAUGAGUCUGCCCUACUGUAUGGACCAUGGAAUUACCAAUCCUGAACGAUUCAUUGCGAUAAUGUCGAAAUUUGGAGUUGGAAUGCUUUUAGGGACAUCAUUCAUGCUUGUUAUACCCGAGGGAAUAAAAAGUUGUGUGGAACAUGAUGGAAAUGUCGGAUUGAACUUAUUAAUUGGGUUCUUGGCAGUAUAUUUAUUGGAUAGACUUGUCCAAAUUGUUAUUAAGAGAAAUUCUGCAGAUGGGAACGAAUCCAUUGAAAAUGCAGCCGUUGGAGAAUCCUUUUCUUCAUUACGUGACAUUAUCCAGCAUCCUAAAAGAAUCAUUAUUUGUAUUCUCAGAAACAACGUUGUUUUUGCAUUGGUAAUUCAUGGGCUAUCCGAUGGGAUUGCCUUGGGAACCACUAUCAAUAAUGAAUCCUUGCUGCUAGUGGUUCUGAUUGCGAUUGUCAUAAACAAGAUUCCUGCAGUGCUAUCACUAACCAGCAUAAUGAUUUCUAAACAAAAAUUACCAAGAUGGGAAGUUAUGUCGAAUUUAUUCGCCUUCUCACUUUCUACACCUUUAGGAUAUGUUGUGCUAUCAAUGUUUAACUUAAAACAGUCUGAUACUAUGGAUUGGUUGAGCGGAAAUUUGUUAUUGAUGAGUGGGGGGAGUUUAUUAUAUGCCUCAUUUACCGCCUUUGUUGAUGGCAGUGAACAUGAUCAUUCAAUGCCCAAAGAAUUGGAUUCUAGCCUUACUACCGAAGAAGAUAUAGAACAACGAUGGGACCUGCGCGAUGAGGAGGUUAAUAUGAAUUCUAACUACAAUGAAAGUGGCGCUAAGAAUCAGUUAUACGAUGACUCUGUUUAUAUUGUUUCUGGGGUUAUAAUACCAACUGUCAUUUCCUAUAUAAUAUCAGAAGAUUAA